GGCGGCGUCUGCGCUCGGUGGGCAGGGCACGUCGGGCCGGGGCAGUUGGUCCGUGGGCUGUGGAAGGGAAGAGACGGAAGUGGGGCCGGUGCAGCGGGCGCAGGGAGGACCGGUCCGGACCAUGGACGGCUCCUUCGUUCAGCACAGUGUGAGGGUUCUGCAGGAGCUCAACAAGCAGCGGGAGAAGGGCCAGUACUGCGAUGCCACCCUAGACGUGGGGGGCUUGGUGUUCAAGGCACAUUGGAGUGUCCUCGCCUGUUGCAGCCACUUCUUCCAGAGCCUCUAUGGGGAUGGCCCAGGGGGCAGUGUUGUCCUCCCUGCUGGCUUCUCUGGGAUCUUUGGCCUCCUGUUGGACUUUUUCUACACUGGUCACCUCGCCCUCACCUCAGGGAACCGGGAUCAAGUGCUCCUGGCAGCCAGGGAGUUGCGAGUACCAGAGGCUGUGGAGCUGUGCCAGAGCUUCCAGCCCAAAACUUCAGUGGGACAGGCAUCAGGUGGCCAGAGUGGGUUGGGGAAACCUGCCCCUCAGGAUGUGAACAGCCACUUUAAGGAGCCAACAGACUUGGAGGAAGAGGAGAUUACAAGGACUCUUGGCCUAGUCCCCAGGGAUCAGGAGCCUAGAGGCAGUCGCAGCCCCCAGAGGUCCCAGUUCAGCUCCCCUAUUCAGAGUGAGAGCCCCUCCUUCCUUGCUGGAAAACUCAAGCAGGCUCUGAAGCCUUGUCCCUCAGAUGACAAAGAGUCUGAGGACUGCAAAGUGCCCCCAAGGCCCUUUGAGGCUGAAGGUGCCCAGCUGCAGGGCGGGUGUAAUGAGUGGGAAGUGGUGGUUCAAGUUGAGGACGACGGGGAUGGCGAUUACGUUUCUGAGCCUGAGACUGUGCUGACCAGGAGGAAGUCAAACAUAAUCAGAAAGCCCUGUGCUGCAGAGCCAGCUCUGGGUACAGGUUCCCUAGCAGCCGAGCCCGCUGAGAACAGAAAAGGUACAGCGGUGCCGGUUGAAUGCCCCACAUGUCAUAAAAAGUUCCUCAGCAAAUAUUAUCUAAAAGUGCACAACAGGAAACACACUGGGGAGAAACCCUUUGAGUGUCCCAAAUGUGGGAAGUGUUACUUUCGGAAGGAGAACCUCUUGGAGCAUGAAGCCCGGAAUUGCAUGAACCGCUCAGAACAGGUCUUCACAUGCUCCGUGUGCCAGGAGACCUUUCGCCGGAGGAUGGAGCUGCGGGUGCACAUGGUGUCCCACACUGGGGAGAUGCCUUACAAGUGUUCCUCCUGCUCCCAGCAGUUCAUGCAGAAGAAGGACUUGCAGAGCCACAUGAUCAAGCUGCACGGAGCCCCCAAGCCCCAUGCAUGUCCUACCUGUGCCAAGUGCUUCCUGUCACGGACAGAGCUGCAGCUGCAUGAGGCUUUCAAGCACCGUGGGGAGAAGCUAUUUGUGUGCGAGGAGUGCGGGCACCGGGCCUCAAGCCGCAAUGGACUGCAGAUGCAUAUCAAGGCCAAGCACAGGAAUGAGCGGCCAUAUGUCUGCGAGCUCUGCAGCCACGCCUUCACUCAGAAGGCCAACCUCAACAUGCACCUGCGCACGCACACGGGCGAGAAGCCCUUCCAGUGCCAUCUGUGUGGCAAGACCUUCCGCACCCAAGCCAGCCUGGACAAGCACAACCGCACUCACACAGGUGAGAGGCCCUUCAGCUGUGAGUUCUGUGAGCAGCGCUUCACCGAGAAGGGGCCCCUCCUGAGGCACGUGGCCAGCCGCCACCAGGAGGGCCGGCCCCACUUCUGCCAGAUCUGUGGCAAGACCUUCAAAGCCGUGGAACAGUUACGUGUGCACGUCAGACGGCACAAGGGAGUGAGGAAGUUCGAGUGCACUGAAUGUGGCUACAAGUUCACCCGGCAGGCCCACCUGCGCAGGCACAUGGAAAUCCACGAUCGGGUGGAGAACUACAACCCACGGCAGCGCAAGCUCCGCAACCUGGUCAUUGAGGACGAGAAGAUGGUGGUGGUGGCCCUCCAGCCACCUGCAGAGCUGGAAGUGGGCUCGGCUGAGGUCAUCGUGGAGUCGCUGGCCCAGGGCAGCCUGGCCUCCCAGCUCCCUGGCCAGAGACUGUGUGCAGAGGAGAGCUUUGCUGGCCCCGGUGUCCUGGAGCCCUCACUCAUCAUCACAGCUGCUGUUCCAGAGGACUGUGACACGUAGCUCACCCUGUCUGCUUGGUCCCAGCCAAUAAACCACUUGGCUUUGGACUGGA